AUUGCAUCCUCCUCCACUUCCUGCCUGCCUGCCUGCGUAGCUCGCACACCACAACCGCCGCGUUCUUCUUCUCUCGUCCCUAAGCAAGCGCCGCUGCUCCUCGGUUCUUUCGCUCGAUCCCGCAAGGCCCGUCCUUCCAUGGCCAUCGCCUCCCGUGCCACGAAGCGCGCGCUGUCCACCUUCGCCGCGGCCAAGCUCCCGGAGGAGGCGAUCGCCGCCACCGCCGCGGUGCCGGUGCCGCUGGCGCCCGCGCCCGCGUCGUCCGAGAGGGCGCUGCUGCAGUUCGAGGACACGGGGCGGCUGUUCGCGGGGGAGCCGACGCCGGCGCUGCUGCGCACGCUCGCCGCGCUGCAGGCGCUGUCCGUGGGCCCGCUGGUGGACGCGGCCACUGCGGCGCUGCGGUCGCCGGCGGUGGCCGGCAGCGCGCUGGGCCGGGCCGCCGCCAGGGCCACGGCGUACCGGCACUUCUGCGCGGGCGAGACCGCCGGCGAGGCCGCGGCGGCCGUGCGCCGGCUGUGGCGCGGCGGCAUGGGCGGGAUCCUCGACUACGGGAUCGAGGACGCCGAGGACGGCGGCGCGUGCGACCGUAACGCCGCCGGGUUCGCCUCCGCCGUCGACGUCGCCGCCAAGCUGCCUCCGGGCUCGGCGAGCGUGUGCAUCAAGAUCACGGCGCUGUGCCCGAUCGCGCUGCUGGAGAAGGCGAGCGACCUGCUGCGGUGGCAGAAGAGGCACCCGUCGCUGAACCUGCCGUGGAAGACGCACGACUUCCCGAUCCUGUCGGACUCGAGCCCGCUGCACCUCACGGCGUCGGAGCCGCCGGCGCUGUCGGCGGAGGAGGAGAGGGAGCUGGAGCUGGCGCACGAGCGGGUGCUGGCGGUGUGCGCGCGGUGCGCGGAGCGCGGCGUGCCGCUGCUGGUGGACGCGGAGUACGCGGCGGUGCAGCCGGCGAUCGACUACCUCACGCUCGCCGGCGCGCUGGCGUGCAACGCCGAGCGCUCCAUCGUGCACGGCACGGUCCAGGCGUACCUACGCGACGCGCGGGAGCGGCUGGAGACCAUGGCGCGCGGCGUGGAGCGCGCGCGCGUGCGCCUGGGGGUCAAGCUGGUGCGCGGCGCGUACCUGGCCCGCGAGGCCCGGGUCGCGGCCGCCCUCGGCGUGCCGUCGCCCGUCCACGGCAGCAUCCGGGAGACCCACGACUGCUACAACGGAUGCGCCGCCUUCCUCCUCGACCGCGUCCGCCGCGGGUCCGCCUCCGUCGUGCUCGCCACCCACAAUGUGGAGUCAGGCCAACUCGCGGCGGCGCGUGCUGAGGAGCUGGGGAUCCCCAGGGGAGACCGCAACCUGCAGUUCGCGCAGCUGAUGGGCAUGGCGGACGGGCUGUCGCUGGGCCUCCGCAACGCCGGGUUCCAGGUCAGCAAGUACCUGCCGUACGGGCCGGUGGAGCAGAUCGUCCCCUACCUCAUCAGGCGCGCCGAGGAGAACAGGGGCCUCCUCUCCGCCUCCUCCUUCGACAGGCAGCUGCUCCGGGAGGAGUUGGUGAGGAGGUUCAAGGCUGCGGUGCUGGGACGUGAGUGAAGUGAACCUGCUGAGGCUACUCUGCUGUGAAGCUGGGACAAGGGCCAGUUGAAGGCUAGAAGCUGUAAAUACACCCUUCAACAGUCUUCAGACAUUGAUGUAUCCGGGGCUUUCUUGAAUAAAUCGAUUGAAUGGAAUAAUGAGGCUUAUCGAGCUUAAA